GACGCCGCAUCCCGCAGGGAAGGAGCAGCUCCCCGGAGGGCAGCGCGGGAGGAGGAAGGGGCCGGCUCAGGUGUGGCUUUAGGACCCAGCGGAUCCCCCGUGCUGGAGACUCCUCCGGCUGCAUCCCGGCCGCUCUCCCGCCCUUUCCCGUCAUUCCAGCAGGAUGAGAGCAGCGGAGCUCCUGGUGCUGUGUCUGCCAGUGCUCCUGGUGCAGGGACAGUUCAGCAGGUUCGAGGGCAUCACCUACCCCGAGCCAGUCCAGUACUCCCAGUACGACCAGCAGGCAGAAAUUCAGGAUUACUACGACUACCAUGAUGUUACCCCCCGAGCCCCGGAGGAGCAGUUCCGGUACCAAUCCCAGCAGCAAUCCCAGCAGGAAACCGUGCCGGCCCCGACCCCAGCUGCGGUGCCCGAGACGGAGCCCACGGAGCCGGGACCGCUCGACUGCCGGGAGGAGCAGUACCCCUGCACCCGGCUCUACUCCGUGCACAAGCCCUGCAAGCAGUGCCUGAACGAGAUCUGCUUCUACAGCCUCCGCCGGGUGUACGUCAUCAACAAGGAGAUCUGCGUCCGCACCGUGUGCGCCCACGAGGAGCUGCUGCGAGCCGACCUGUGCCGGGACAAGUUCUCCAAGUGCGGGGUGAUGGCCACGAGCGGCCUGUGCCAGACCGUGGGCGCGUCCUGCGCCCGCAGCUGCGGCGGCUGCUGAGCCCCGGCCCCGCUGCGCACCCGCCCCGCGCCGCUGCGGCUCCCGUGCAUGAACGAGCAGCUCCCCGAACCCCCGGGAUUCCUCUUUUCUUUGUGCACAUAAUAAUUAAAUCGGGGGGGUUUGUUAUUUCUGUGCCUUUCUCUGUCCCGCGGGAGGG